AUGCACCGAUACUUCAGGCAACUAGCGAAUCGGUAUCGGAUACCGUAUUCGAUACCGAUACUCCUCCGAUACACCCCCGAUACGUAUCCAAGGAGUAUCCAUGAAUAAACGAUUCAAAACAAUUCAGAUACUUGAAGGAUACUUUUUCAGUUCGUUUUGGAUACAGCCCAGCCCAUCUAAGAGACCACUCAGCCCAGUUAAGAGGCACACAGCAACCCUAGUACCCCAGUGCCCCCUUCCUUUCCCUCCCAGUUUUCUUUCCUCCCUCCCGACCUCACACCAGGCGGCGGCUGGUGGCUGCGUACCUAACAGCUACUCACCCAGGGCCGGCGGCAGUGGCGGCUAGCCGGCGGCAGUGGCGGCUAGCCGGCGACGAGCUGCUAGUCCUCACCAACGCCUCUUCCCCUUUUUCUUGCCCAGCCAAGCUCAUCCCCUCUUCUUUCUCCUCUAAUCUGUGAAGAUUUCAUUUUUCUCAUCUCCUCCAGAUGGCUCCUCCUGCUGAACCUCCUACUGUACCUAUAAAUCUAAGGGCACCAUUGUGGAGCAUGUUCAAAUCAUAGAGAAAUCACCUGAAGGGGGCAACACUAAAUGGAAAUGCGACUACUGUGGUCAUGAAUCUUUGAGUAGCUACUCUAGAGUUUCUGCUCAUUUGCUAAAGAAGACAGGGAACCAUGGAAUCCAUGCAUGUAAAAAGAUCGCGGUUGACAUUCUGAAUCCCUUUAUUUGAAAAAUUGAUAAAUAGUAAAAUGUAUCCGUAUUAGCACUUUUUCGAAAUGAUGAAUUUACGUAUCCGUAUCGAUGCAUUCGAGGUUCAUGGUCAUGGACACUUGGAGCAGCUGGUCGCCGGAAAGGCGCCGCUCCGCGGUUCGGUGGCCGUCGGAGCACGCGGUGCUCGCGAGAGUGACGGUGGGGGAUGCCAGUGCCUUCCACUGCGGCGUCUGCAGCCUCCCUCUGGAGCCGCCAAUCUUCCAGUGCGCUCUGGGGCUGGCGGUGUGCUCGGCGUGCCGCGGCCCAGGCUACCGCCGGUGCCGCGCCGUGGAGAACAUCCUGGACACCGUCCGCGUGUCGUGCCCCCACGCCGCUCACGGCUGCGGCGCCAUGCUGGCCUACUACGACCUGCACCAGCACCGAAUGACGUGCGCCAACGCGCCGUGCGCGCGCUGCCCUUUGGGCACAUGCUGUUUCGUCGGCCCAAUGGCAGAGCUCCUGGACCACUUCAUCACCCUGCACGAGCUGCCGCUGACCGCCGAGGACCGCGCCGGGAAGAGCUUCGGCAUCGACCUCCUUGACGGCUUCAACGUCGUCUCCACGACGGUCCGCGACGGCGCCGACCAGCACUUGCUCCUGCUAAACGUUGUGCGCCAGCCGUUUGGUCGCGGGAUCGCCGCGGUCUGCGUGCGGCCUCCGCCCGCUGCCACCGCGUCGUCGUCGUCGUCCUCGGCAGCGGCCGCGUCCAAGACGGUGGUACUCGAGCUCCGCUACUCGGUCAAUCGCCAUUACCAAGAAUCUGCAUUCGAUGUGCCUUUCGCGGAUCUCGCCGAUGGGUUCCUGGAAGACGACGAGUCGGCCCAGUUCAUCGUGCCCAAGUCUGUUCAUCCGGACGACCAGGCUACUAUGCUCCUCACGGCCUUCAUUUCCAUCAAAUAGAUCAGUCAUCAGCCGACUAUCUUAUCUUAUUCUUAUCUCAUCUAAUUUAUCGUGGAUGCUUGAUGAGUAGUAGUAUCAGUUAGUCCAUAGGCGCAUUUCCGCUUGAGCUAGCACCAUUAUAUUUCUUUUUCCAAAAAAAAAUGGAUACAUUUCCAUCAAAUAGACUGGUCAUCAAUCGACAUGUUAUCUUAUCUUGUCUGAUUUAUUAUGAAAACUUAAGGAGCAGUAUCAGUUACU